AUGUCAUUCAUCAACAUUUGUCGUGAUAACACCGAUCCUUUUUACAGGUACAAGAUGCCUCCACUUCAAUCUAAGACUGAAGGUAGAGGUAACGGUAUCAAGACUGCUAUUGUCAAUUUAGGUGAAGUUUCUCGUGCAUUGAAUCGUCCACCAGCUUAUUUGGUUAAAUUUUUCGGAUACGAAUUGGGAGCUCAAACCCAAAUUCAAACUGAUCGUUACUUGGUCAAUGGGGCUCAUGAUACUAGUGAGUUACAGGAUUCCUUAGAUGGAUUUAUUAACAAAUUUGUCUUGUGUGGAUCUUGCAAGAACCCAGAGACGGAAAUUGUCCUCAAAGGAAAAGAUUCAUUGGAGAGAGAUUGUAAAGCUUGUGGUAAAGUAACUUUUAUGGACCCAAAGCAUAAGUUGUAUUCAUACAUCGUCAAGAACCCACCUGAUAACAAGAAGGGUAAAAAGUCAGCCACGGCUACUGCCAAUGUCGUUGGUGGAGGUAAAUCUAUUUCUGAUAUUGCUGCUGGUCAUGAUAAUGCCAAUGACGCCAGUUUAAAUGGCGCUGAGGGAGAAGGAGUUGAUGGUGAAGAUGAUGAGGAUGACGACUUGUUGGCUAAGAAGAUUAAUGCCGAAGCUGCUAUGUUGCAAGAUUUGAAAAUCAAGGAUGAUGAAUGGGCAGUUGAUAUGAGUGAAGAAGCAGUUGCAGCCAGAGCUCGUGAAUUGGAAGCGUUUGAUUCUUCAAAUGCCUAUGAACAAUUGGGUGAUUGGUUACUCUCUGAAUCCGACAACAAGGUUGAAAAUUUACCAUCUGAUGUGGAAAUUUACAAAAAGAUUGUUGAAUUGGACCUCGUUGAAUCACCAGCUACAUUACAAGUUCUCGCGCAAACUUUAUUUGACGCGAAUAUACUAGAUCAAAUUGAACCUCAUGUCGGUCUUUUGACAAAAUUGACAAACGGUAAUGAAGAAUAUGAAAAGGCAUUACUUGGUGGGUUGGAGAGAUUGAUCGGAUUACUGUACCCUACUGAAUUGAUUUCGCAAACUCCCAAAAUCUUGCAUGCUUUUUAUGAUCGUGAUUUGAUUAGUGAAGAUGUCAUCAUUCGUUGGGGAUCUAAAGUGUCCAAAAAGUACGUGCCAAAGGACGUUUCUAAAAAAGUUAGAAAAGCCGCCAAGCCUUUUGUUCAAUGGUUACAAGAAGCAGAAGAAGAAAGCGAUGAAGAGUAG